ACAAGUGAAAGGCAACUGAGAGGUUAAUUGUAUGAAGAUGAACAGGUUUAGGGAAAACAAGUAGAAAGUGAAACCUUAAUUUGAGAAACUGAUCUUUCACCUUUCAUGUUUACUCUGGUUUAUCCGGAAAUGUUAUUCUAAUUCAAUUUAUUUUUGAAUUUCCAUCUUCAUUAUUAUCCCCUUUUUUAUAUAUAUUUGUAUCUUUUAUUAAUCUUCUCAAUGCUUUUCCCCCUUCUUCUCAUGGUGAUGCUGAGUUUUCAUCAUCAUCGUCUUUUGAUUUAUAUAAAUAUAAUAAAUUAAUUCCUGAUAUUCAGCUUAUUAUUAUGUCUACUCAAAUCUCAUUUGGACUUAAUCAUCAAGAACGAGAAUUAAUGUCAACUCGAAAUUUCUGAUUCUUGUGAUGAAUAAUUGAUUUAGUUUCUAUGUCUAUUAUUGUAGAAACAAAUUCCGUUAUUAUUAAUUAGUUGGUCAACUAUUUAGUAGUUUUGUUUUCAGAAUGAGAGUUAAUUUUACAAGUUUCAAUUUUCACUUUAACCCUCAUACAAAUCAUAUGUUAGUCUAUUGGAAAGAUAAUGAUUAACUGUUGUUAUUUAACAGCUAAUUGCUUUUAGAUUGCUUUAUAACUGUCAUCUCUUCUGAUAAUGGAUAAUCAUGAUUUACUUGCUCAACACUUUCUUACUGAUCAGAGUGAGAAUCGCCUUGGUGUUGAAUUUUUUAAUUCUAAUUCUUGUUUUGAAUUAGCUAAGCGCUUGUUGGGUAAAGUGAUCUGUCGUCGAAGUAGAUUAAAUGGUUCAAUACUGGCUGGAAUGAUCGUUGAAACUGAAUGUUAUCCCGGUGGUGAUGAUCAAGCUUCUCAUUCCUACAAGGGUAAAAAAACACCAAGAAAUGAGCCGAUGUUUAUGGACCCAGGAAGUGCUUAUGUGUAUUUCACAUACGGGAUGUAUCAUUGCUUCAAUAUAUCUUCUUGUGGUGAAGGUGCUGCUGUUUUGAUUCGAGCUCUCAAACCGGUAUCUGGAUUAAAAGAGCAAUCAACUAAUCGAUUGUCAUUCAGGAAAAAGUCCAAACCAACAUGUUCAUCAUCAUCAUCUCAUUCAGGUUCUAUCCCUUCAUCAUUGAGAGACACUCAAAUCGCUAAUGGACCCGGUAAAUUGUGUAUUGCUUUAGAUAUCGAUAAAGAGACAAUCAACAAAGAGAAUUUGAUUUUAAGUAAUAUUAUUUGGCUUGUUGGCUAUAAAGAUUAUCCAGAUGAAGAGAUUACCUUUAGUAAAAGAAUUGGAAUCAACACCGAUGCUGAAUCACGAAAUCAACUGUGGAGAUUUUAUAUUAGAGAUUCGCAUUAUGUGAGUGUUAGAGACGAAAAGAAACGAGAGCCUAAAUCAAACAAAAGACCCGAAAAAAUGGUUAAAUCUAACAAUUUAGGGAAAAAGACAAAGGUCGCUAAUGAUUGAAUCGACAAAAUUUCCUAAAUUGUCGUGUUAAAUUGUCGAGCUAAAUUGCCCAUGAAUUUAUCGACAGUUAAUUAUGCCUUAAGUGCAAAAGUUUAAUCAUAAAUGUACCUAUGGAUCACAUGGUUCGGCCUUUUCGUUAGCAGUUAUAUUUGGGCGGAGAGACUAAAUAAAGUUAAUAAAAAACGAAAGUCCAACAAUCAAGCAAAUCAAUUAUAAGUUGAAGAAAAUUGUGUUUAAUUCCUUGGAUUUGGUUAAUGAUUUUAAAUUUUGCAUUUACAAUGAAAUCAAAGGAAUCAAUGGACGAAAACAAUCAACUAAUUGUCAAGAGAAAAAAAAACUUUGCCAAUAUUGAAUGUGGAAGAUUCUUUAUGCUUGGUGUAAACACAAUCACUUUCUACUCGCCUUUAAAUUGUUUUUAAUUCACUUUCGAGGGUCGCUAUUAUCCAGAAUCGCGUUUCUCGAUUAACUACAAAUUCCCUAUUAUUGUCAUGAUGAUCAAUUACAAAAAAAAUCAUUUCAAACCCAAUGAAUUAACUUCCUUAGGCUCUUCCUACUUCUAAUAUCAGAAACUAUAACCAAUUCCCUUACCCUUUUAAUUUGUAUUGUUUUCUUACUUUUUUCAUUAAUCUCUCCCUCACUCACUUACUCACUCACUCUCUACCUGGAUUUGCUUGAGUAAUUCAUUCAUCAACCUUAACAAUAUCUACAUUUACCUGAGUUAACCUUCACUUAAUAUAUUUUCUCACUUUCUCUCUCACUUA